AUGGCCGUCUACAUUGUAUCCCCGAAGGAAGGGAGGGUAGUCGGCAGCAUUGAUGUGCCGGACAUUGCAACCAUGAACGGAAUGGCGGCGCUUCCACGCCACCCGCACAUCUUACUGAGCGCUGACUCGAUCGCUGGGCGCAUCCUGUCUAUCGACACUCGAACUAUCCCACCCAUUGGCAUUAACGGCCUCCGGACACGCGAGGACUAUAUCUAUUUCAUGAUUUCGAGCCAAGGCACUUUUGUAAGGGUACGCAUCGACGAACAUGGCAAUCGGAUAGGUGACUUUGAGGUAUUGGCCAGGAGCCCCGACGCCUCGCAGAUCUACGACGACUUUACCUUUGACGAAGAUGGCAACGCGUACGUGGCCGUGCACUCAUCAUCGAUUGUGAAGAUCACUCCGGAUGGCGUGCAGACGACCCUUGUCGGUGGUACUUCCGACUUGAUACUUCAGGAGCCCACUUCGGUAGCCUUGGCGAAAGAUGGCAAGUCCAUUUAUGUUUCAACUGGCGGCAACGUGAGAACCACCGCGCGUCAGGGAGGACAAACCACUGAGAUUCGGCUAGAUUGGUAG